AAAGCAGUGAGGGGUAAAUAAAGUAGUGAGAAGGUAAGAAAAGCAGUGAGAGAGUCAGUGAAGCAGUGAUGGGGUAAAUAAAGCAGUGAGGGGUCAAUAAAGCAGUGAGAAGGUUAAAAAAGCAGUGAGUGUGUAGAUAAUCAGUGAUGGGGUAAAUAAAGCAUUGAGAAGGUAAAUAAAGCAGUGAGAAGGUAAGAAAAGCAGUGAGAGAGUCAGUGAAGCAGUGAGAAGGUAAAUAAAGCAGUGAGGGAUAAAUUAAGCAGUGAGGGGGUCAAUAAAGCAGUGAGGGGUCAAUGAAAUAGCGAGGGGUAAAUAAAGCAGUUGGGGUAAAUAAAGCAGUGAGAAGGUAAAUAAAGCAGUAAAAUGAUAAAUAAAGCAGUCAGAAGGUAAAUAAAGCAAUGAUAGGGUCAAUAAAGCAGUGAGGGGUAAAUAAAGCAGUGAUAGGGUCAAUAAAGCAGUGAGGGGUCAAUAAAGCAGUGAGGGGGUAAAUAAAGCAGUGAAGGGGUCAAUAAAGCAGUGAUAGGGUCAAUAAAGCAGUGAGGGGUCAAUAAAGCAGUGAGGGGUAAAUAAAGCAGUGAGGGGGUAAAUAAAGCAGUGAGGGGUCAAUGAAGCAGUGAUGGGGUAAAUAAAGCAGUGAGGGGGUCGAUGCAGGGGGUAAAUCGUCAUUGGUGCUGAAAUUGGAGCAGCGGUUGUUCCCUCAUCCGGCCUCCGGGUGGCAGUAGUGAGUUUCUUGCCGCUUGCGGAAGCACCUUCUCUCUCCGGUUCCGGCAGGGUGACGCUUGUCCACGCUCAGGAUCCAUUGGCGGAGUAAUUGAUCGGUUUGAUCUGCAAAAUCCUGAUUAAUCGAUUGAUCUGAUCAGAGAUGAGGCUGGUGCCGGUGACGCUGCUGCUGCUGAGCGCUCUGCUGCUGACGGAGGGAGGGAGGAGCCGCAGGGAGAACAGCGGGAACAGCGGGAACAGCCUGCGGAGGGCGGCCAGCGGCGUGUACCAAACACUCAGCAGCGCCUUCGGAGAGGACAGCAUGAGGACCGUGCACAAGUUCUUCUCCAAGACCACUGAGAGGUUUGUCCAUGGAGUCGACUCGUUCCUGGACACGAUAUGGAAGAUCUGGACGGAUCUCCUGGACAUUAUGGGGAUUGACUCCUCUAAUCUGACCCACUACUUCAGUCCGGCGUCCGUGUCCAGUUCCCCGGCCCGUGCUCUCCUGCUGGUGGCUGCCGUGCUGGUUGCAUACUGGUUCCUGUCUUUGUUUCUGGGUGGAUUUUUCUACCUGCUGCACGCCGUGUUCGGCCGCUUCUUCUGGCUGGCUCGCGUCUCCCUGUUCGCACUGUCAUGUCUGUACAUCCUGCGGAAGUUCGAGGGCGACCCGGAGAAGGCGGUGCUGCCACUGUGCUUCAUCAUGGCGGUGUAUUUCAUGACUGGCCCGGUGGGGGCGUACUGGCGCAAAGGCAGCAGCCCCAACACGCUGGAGGAGAAGAUUGAACACCUGGACACCCAGAUCCGCCUGCUCAACAUCCGCCUCAGCAGAGUCAUCGACAGCCUCGAGCGCUCCAGCGACCAAUGAGGAUGCCGGAUUCGGCCCUGAGGAGGGGCUUGCGGUGGUAGGGGGCGGGGUCAGAACCAGAGUGAAGGGGUUUAAAGUGAUGGGGAUCAAAGCAGGGACUAGAAACGGAGAACAAAAACGAAAAAUAAAAAAUGACAACAAGCAUUUUUCACAGAACAUAAUAGAAAACGUGAACAAAAUUGAGAAAACUCAUUUUUUGUACUUUUUAAAUUAAUUAUAUUUUUAUUUAUUCUUGAGUCCGGAUUAAUGUACCAUAGCACCACCACUCCUCUCUUUAGGGGACAAAAUAACUUGAAAAUGCUUUUUAUUAACUGGUUAAUAACGUCAUUAUUUUUGCUCUGAUUCAUUUUCACUGAGCCAGAGAUUGGAAACAAACUAUUAUAGAUUUAGGUUGGUUAGUUACACUAACUAGUGACAACAAAAUAAAUGUACGCUUAAUACAUUACUCUGAUAUAGGCAUAAUAUAAUAAACAUAAUAUGCAUAUAUUAAAAUAGCAAUAAAGCCCAUUCAGUCACCGUUAGAUUAAUUUAUUAAUGUUAACUAGAACAAAAUAAAAAUAUUAUUAACCAGUUAUUUUACGUUCUGUGGAAAAUAUUGUUUUUGUCGUUCCUUGUUUACCGUUUCUAAUCCUGAGAUUUCGUCCAAAUCUCAAAUGGCUCCCUACACACUAUUUAGUGCACUAGGCUUUCUGCACCCACAUAGUGAUUUACAUGUCUAACAGUGAGCCAUUUGGGAUUGCACUGCCUCCUAGUGGAUAUAUGGUGUAUUAUUUUUAUGCAGAAGCCAUAGUUUUAAUAACCUUAACAACUUUGUGCACUUUGUAGGGAUUAGGGAGCCAUUUUAGAUUAAGCUUUCAUGUAGAAACACUCUUGGCAUUUAAAGGGGAAGUCCACAAAGUUUUCAAAAUUCCUGCAUAAUUCAGUGUUUGAGAUGUGAUUCAGAGUGGUUUGGUGUGAAAUGGUUCAGAUGUCUUUACGGUGGUGG